AUGCAAUUCGUACCCAUAGAGUUUAAUCCAGAAAACCUGAGCGGUAUCUUUGGCUCCAUAUCGAUCGCAUGUUGGGUUAUAGUGUUCGUACCGCAAAUAUAUGAAAACUUUUAUAGAAAAUCUGCUGAGGGUCUAUCCUUACUGUUUGUGGUCCUUUGGCUGGCAGGUGAUGUCUUUAACUUACUUGGUGCAAUGAUGCAACAUUUGCUACCUACGAUGAUAGUAUUAGCAGCUUAUUAUACUGUUGCAGAUAUUAUUCUAUGGGCGCAAUGCCUAUGGUAUGACAAUGAAAAAAAAGUUGACCCAAUUCAUUUAUCUCCUGCAAAUCCAAUGAAUGAAAACGUAUUGCAGGAUGUCUUCAAUGAACGCCAACCACUUCUAUCGAAUGGUCAAGCUAAUAGUCUUUUAGAUGUAAAUGAGGAAUCAAGAACUCAAGCCAUUGAUACGUUAAUAGAAAUUGAAGAAGAGCAAGAAGAAUUAUUAUCUCAAUCUAAUAAACUUUACAAUUGUUUUAUAGUAGUAUGCGUCGUGCUAGCUGGAUUUAUAUCAUGGUAUGUCACCUAUUGUAGUAGAAUGUCUCAUGGUGAUAACGAACCUAAGAUACCGUCGGAACCUACUCCUGUUACAGUCAAUGUACUUGCACAGAUGUUUGGAUAUUUGAGUGCUGCAUUAUAUUUAGGUUCAAGAAUUCCACAAAUUUUAUUAAAUUUCAAGAGAAAAUCAUGUGAAGGUAUUUCUUUCCUGUUUUUUUUGUUUGCAUGUAUUGGUAAUAUUACCUUUAUUCUAUCUGUCCUUGUCAUCUCUUCGGAUCCUACAUACCUUAUGGUGAAUGCAUCCUGGUUGCUAGGUAGUUCAGGUACUUUGGUCAUGGAUUUCGUUAUCUUUGGCCAAUUUUUUGCAUAUGGUGUAGGGAAAUCUAUAUCAUUAGACUCUCCUGUGUAA